AUGUACACAGACUCCUCUUCUUCUUCUUCCUCUGAUUCAGACGAAUCUCACAGGAUCCCGAUUAAAAAAAGGAUCUCAGAAAGCGUUGUCUCCGUUAUUGGUGUGAAGCGUUCUUUGGAUCUCUAUUAUAUGACAGCAGAUGUUGAAGAUAGAGGGGGGAUGUUAACCAUGGAUGGCAGUAGGCGUCGAACGCCUGGCGGGGUUUUUUUGUAUCUCCUCAAAACUACCUCCAACAUAACAAAGGAAGAAAUUAAGGCCAUCUUUGAAGAAGAAUUUCAGCUACGCAAUCUUAUAAGAAAAGCAAAUCUAAAAAAGGUGAUUGGCCCUGAGGUUGUACAUUUCCAAGAAUCAUCAACUGAGCCCUUGGAGGAAGGCGAACUUUCUUGCGAUGAACCGGAUACAAAUAAUUCAAAUAUCGCGAAGAAAAGCAUUUAUUUUGAAGCUUUACCCCCAUUGUCAAAUGCGUCUUCCGAGGCUUCCUUAGAAGACUAUGAUGUGUCGAUUGAAUGA